UGUUUUGGAUGAAAGCCCGUGGAUUUUUCUCGUACUGCAUUUAAAAGUAGACGAAUCAUGGCAGCCGCUAACAAAUUAGGAUUUCUUGUUCGUGCUAUGAGCACCAAAACGGUGAAACCACCAAUCCAAGUAUUUGGCUUGGAAGGCCGUUAUGCUACAGCUCUGUAUUCGGCUGCUUCAAAAUCACAGCAAUUAGAUCAAGUGGAGAAGGACAUAAAUAAUUUUCAAGACAGCCUUAAAAAGGAUAAGAAACUGCGUGAAUUGGUCAUAAGUCCAAUAAUAAACAAGAGGGUUAUGGCCAAAGCUCUCAAGGAAACUGCCGACAAGGCAGGUAUGACUCCUACUAGUGGUAAUUUAUUGAGCCUAUUAGCAGAUAAUGGUCGUUUAAAUCUGCUUGAUGGCAUUGCUAAUGCAUUCCGCAUGAUUAUGGCUGCUCAUCGAGGUGAAGUGGUGUGCGAGGUAAUUACUGCCAAACCCUUGGACGCUGCUCAAAACAAGCAGUUGGAAAGUUCUCUCAAGGCCUUUUUGAAGAGCAACGAAACUUUGAAAGUGACAUCACGAGUGGAUCCGAAUAUUAUUGGUGGCAUGAUUGUUUCAAUUGGUGAUAAAUACGUAGAUAUGAGUAUUGCAAGCAAAGUAAAAAUGUACACCGACAUUAUAAGCUCUGCCGCUUAAAAUGUAACAUUUCUUUGGCAAGAAAUAUAUACAGAAGUCGUUCUAUAUAAAAAUA